GGCUGUCAACCACUACAAAUUAUUUACUCAUGAUAUCGACUGCUGACCGAUUUAUUGCAUAACAAACAAAAUGGCGGAUGAUGUGUUUGACUCCGCUACUACUAAAAAGUACAAUUGGAAUUUUAAAAAAUUUAUCGAGCGCACGCCUUGUGCUCGGGAGUCACUCUUGUAUGGUAUCGGUGCUGGCAUGAUAGCUGGUUUUGGUUGCUUUAUGAAGACAAUGCACGUUUUCAAGUCCUGUCGAUUUGCAGUUGGUGGCUUUGCCUUGAUCUCUUUUGGAAGCUGGGAGGUAUGCAGGUACAUCAAACAAAAAGAGAAAGAAGCAAUCAAACAACAUGUGGACAUGUUAAAUAAGUACAGAGAACAAAGGAGAGAAGAAGAGGAGGGUAGUGAAGAAUAAGCACUGAAAGAAAUUAAAUGUAACUGAACCCUUUUGGUCAUAAAAGUUUUAUUUUCAGCUUUCCUAUGUCCAGUGUGUUGAUUUAAGUUCAAUUUAGCUGUUUGAUGUCAAAGCACUCUAGACAAUCAUAAGAUUUUUUAAUUUGAAUGUAAACAAAGAGGAUCCAUCUGUUGCCAAGAUUCUUUAGUUACAACAUGUCAAUUAGUUCACAGGGCUUCUUGAGUGUGUAAGUUUCAUGUUAGAACUCAAAUUUUACUUAUGCGUGAACUAAAAUUGCAGUUGUUUAUGGUUAUAUCAUAUCUCUAAAAUCUUUGUACAAAAUAAAAUUAAAUGAUUGUAUUUGA